AUGUGGGGAACAAACCCCAUCAAGGUCGGUGCCUUUCUUGAGGCUCUUGGCCUUGAAUAUGAUAUGAAGUUUGUUGAGUUGGGCUCCUCGGACAAGGCCACUGGUGUAAAAGGUGAAGAUUAUCUCAACGUGUGUGAGAAUGGCCGCACGCCUACCUUGAUUGACCACAAGCGGAAUGAUUUUACUGUUUGGGAGUCUGGUGCUAUCUUGGACUACGUUGCAACGGUGUAUGACACAGAGCACAAGUUCCAUGGCAAGACACCCGAGGAAAGGGCACUUGUUAUGCAAUGGCUCUUCUUCCAAGUCUCAGGCCACAGUCCUGUACAGGGAAAUCUGUUCUUUAGCAAGAUGUUUUGGCCGAGUACAUUCAAUGAAAAUGCUCCUGAGAAUGUUAUAAAGCGUUUCAGGACUGAGCUUGAUCGCGUUUUCCGCGUCUAUGAACGUCGUCUUAAGCAUCAAGCCUCAAUGUACGGCGAAGACAGAGCUUUCCUCGCGCUUGAUCGUCCAACCAUUGCCGACUUUAGUGCCCUCGGAUGGUUUGUGAUGCUGCCUGACUAUGCAAGUAAGAUCGAUAUUGAUCUCGCCGAGUACGAGACAUUAGCCAAGUACAUUGACAGACUGCGCAACCUGCCCUCAAGCAAGGCAGUCAUGGCCCGCUUCGAGAGUAGCAAAUAA